AUGGAACGAACAGAAAUAAAUGCAGGUUCAACAGAGGGUGAACCAGCUGUUCGUGAUCAUAAUGGUACAAUUACUGUUAGUAAUGAUGAUCCUGCGAUUGUUAAUAAUAAUGAAUUGGUUAUUCUCGAAAAAGGUGUUAAAGGUACGGUUGUUACUGUAAACCGAAUAAAACAUUAUUCAUUUAUCAAACGUAAAGACAAAAUACAAUCUCAGGAUAUAUUUGCUCGUGAAGCAUCAAUUAUAAAUGAAUCAAAUCAAAGGAAAUUUUUUAUAUCCGAUACGUGUAAAUUUGAUUUAAUAAAAACACAACGUGGUCUAGAAGCUGUCAAUAUAAACAUCAUUGAACGAAAUAUAAACAGCAUAUCAAAGUUACCUAAAAUUCCUAAAAAAAAAGAAAACGAGGAAACACAAAUUUCAACAGAAUUUUUUAAACAAACAAUGUAUGAUACUUAA